AUGGACGAAGACGCAAUUAACGGUGAUGAUAAUUUAGAUGGUAAUAAAGAACAGUUAGAAUCAUCCUACAUAAAAACGCAAUUAAGCGAAUAUAUGAUCAGGUUGGAACAAGAUCUUCCUGUUUCUAUUGAAAGCCUUAGCAAGCCAACAUCAGAUGAUGCAAACGCCUGGUUGUUAUAUAUUGAAAAUAUAAGAGAAAAGUAUGAAGAAAUAAGACGAGAAUUCGAAUGGAAACUUGUUGAAGGUUUAAUUGAGCAUACUUAUAUGAUUUUGCAAGAAGCUGGACGAAAGCCUUUCAAAUUUAAAAGUGAACAACUAAAAAAAAAAUGGGUCAAAGAAAAGAUUGUUUUAUCGAUUCCGAAGUAUCUUUCUAAAUCCUCGAAAACACGUUACAACCAGGCGUAUGAUCAUAUUUAUGAUGUGAUUGUAACUUUCGAAAAUAAUAAAAUACCUAAGGACAUCUGGUUACCUAUUUUGAAUAAGAUAGGAAUCAUGAUACGUUUUUUUUGUGAAACAAAUUACAAGAGGAAAAACACAUAUAAACUACUUUAUGAAAAUUUUAUUAAUCUUUUAAUUGCAAAAUGUAAGGAAAAGAUUGAUGCAUAA